AUGUGGGCUAAUACAUUGGGUUUUGAUAGUUACCGGAUUAAGGCUCCCACAGACAGAUAUACCUUUGAUAGGUGCGAAUAUGUAUGGAAAAUACAGCCGGUGAUCGAUAAGGCGCAAACCGUGCGGUUUAGGUCCAUGGCUAUGGCUACUCCUACAUCUCAGCCAAAUCAAACUGAAAUUAACAUAAACAAUGUUGCUGGUUGUUCCACUGACCAACCACAAGCAGCUGUUGUAGUGGGAGCAUCUGAGCCUCAAAUCCAAAAGGAUGCAACUAGUGAGAAAAAUCAGCCAAGAAAGCGUAAGUCUACUGUAAGUAAAUCUCCUGUGUGGGAGCACUUCAAAAAAAUCACUGAUGAAGAUGGUAGGGUAACUAGAGCUAGUUGUUUGUAUUGUGCAAAAAUCUUUCUCUGUCAUUCAAAAUUCAAUGGCACAUCCUCACUUAGAGCACACAUGCUAGCUUGUCUCAAAAAUCCCCAUAGCAAGGACCUUAGGCAAAAACUUUUGACUUUGAAUCCUGUUAAAGAAAAUAUUGAGGGUGGUGAUGGGAUGGGAACAUUAGGCACAUGGAAAUUCUCACAAGAUGAUGUUAGACAAGCUAUAGUGUUCAUGAUAAUCGUAGAUGAACUCCCUUUUAAAUUUGUUGAAGGGGCUGGAUUUAAAAGGCUAAUACAAAUAGCUUGUCCUAAGUUCAAUAUGCUUUCUAGGUGGAGUGUAACAAGGGACUGUUAUCAACUGUACUUGAAUGAAAAGUUAAAACUGGGAGAUUUUCUUAAAAAUCACAGUCAAAGAGUAUGUUUAACCACUGAUUGUUGGACUAGUAUCCAAAGGAUUAAUUAUAUGUGCAUAACUGUGCAUUUCAUAGAUGAUCAGUGGAAGCUUCAUAAAAGAAUAUUGUCAUUCAUUCCAAUAUCAUGUCAUAGGGGUGAAUAUAUUGCCAUAUCAUUGGAAAAUUGUUUGCUCAAGUGGGGUUUAAAGAACAUCUUCACUAUAACUGUUGAUAAUGCAAGUUCAAACAACACAACACUUGCACAUUUUAAGAAAAAAUUGAUGUCAUGGGGAACUUCUGUAGCAAAAUGUGAUUACUUGCAUAUGAGGUGCAUCUCACAUAUUCUUAACUUGGUUGUGAAUGAGGGAUUGAAAGAUAUUAAUUCAUCUGUAAAGAAGGUUAGGGAAUGUGUCAAGUACAUUAGGAACAGUCCUUCCCGUCUUAGAAAGUUUAAAGAGUAUGCUGCAUUUGUUCAGAUUGAAACAAAGAAAUCAUUAUGCCUAGAUGUGCCUACCCAUUGGAAUUCAACAUAUUUAAUGUUAAAUGUUGCAUGUAUGUAUGAAAAGGCAUUUGAUAAGUAUGAUGAGCAAGAGUCAUCAUUUAGAGCAGAUUUGAAUGAAAUUCCUGAUAUCAUGGAUUGGUCUUGUAUUGCAAAAUUCAGUGAAUGUUUGUCAUAUUUUUAUGAGGCUACUUUGCGCAUAUCCGGGUCCUUAUAUGUUACCUCUAACUCCCACUUUCAAGAGGUUUCUGAUCUGUGUUUGAUUUUAAAUGAUAUGAUUGGUAGUCAUGAUGUUGAGAUUAGACAAUUGGGACUUAGUAUGAAGUCUAAGUUUGAUAGUUAUUGGGGCGAUCCACACAAAAUGAACAAACUGAUUUUUACUGCGUGUGUUUUUGACCCUUCUGCAAAGUUUGAGCAACUGAAAUUUUCAUUGAUAACUGUGUUUGGAAAGGAAAAUGCUGAAAUCUUAUAUGAGAGAAUUAAGCUUGAAUUGAAUAAUUUGUUUGAGGAGUAUAGAUCAAAAUAUGAGGGUGGAAGCAUUAUUCAUAAUCCUGCAACACAAUCUGAAUCUGAAAAUGUCUCGCAAUCUGCUAUUGUCCCUCAAUCUGCUGAUGUAACUAGUGUUCCUAAGUCCCGCUUUAAGGCAAGAUUUAAACAGCACCGAAUAGAAAUGGGGAGUUCUGUUAUAAAAAAAAACAGAAUUAGAGGUAUAUAUGGAUGA